AUGCCUGACGCGGCGACGAUUGCCUCUGAGCUUCAGACACUGCAAGAGUUCCUCGGAAGUGCGUCCCACCCCAAGGGCUACAUCUUCAACGCCCUUCGCCACAACAUCCACAACGUCAAGCGCUUUGAACACGUCAUUUGCCUGCUUCUCAAGCACGUCUUGGUGCACCUCGAGAAGAAGAUGCACUUGGCCGCCGACAAGUUUUGCUACCUCCGCGUGCUCCCGUACUUGCUUCUAGUGCUCGACAAGGACGGCCAUGGCAAAGCCAAUGCGUUCAAGGGCAACAAGGCCAAGCUCGAAGCGCUCGGCAAGUUUCUUCGACGCUACCCCGUGCUGCCCGUGUACGCCGACAUGACGCUGCGGCCGGCCACUUUGCUGCAGACGUCGAGCUUCGCCUUCCUCUUGCCGACAUCCGAGGCAACGCCCGAGGCGUAUGCGUUGGCGCCAUGGCGGCAGCGGGCCAAGAAGGAGCUGGACAACUACCUCCCCCGCCUCGCCCUCGCCUUGCUGACGAGUCCAUCGGAUGGUAUCUAUGAGGUCGUUCUCGAAGGCCUCCAGCUCUUGAUCGAGUGGAAGAGUGCGCUCCAGCAGGGUGUCGCGUGGAAGCUGGAGCACCCGGCAGCUGCAACAGACAACCAAAGCAGCGCUUCGGCAGCCUACGAGCGCGUGACCAAGUUCAACUACUUGCCGUGCGAGCGCGACGGGCUCAUUGAGCUCAUUGUGAGCCUCAAGUCUCUGGGACACGCGCUGCGCCAGGUGCAUGCAUCGCACGGCACCGCCUUGCACGCCGUUGUCUACACGCGGCUCCAGACGUUCGCGCAGCACACGCUGCUUCCGACGCUGCACCGCGCCGACAAGAAGAAGAAACAGGCGGCCACCAAGCUCCUCCACGAGCUACGCUUGCUCGUCGGCGACUUUACGAAAACGGAUCCGGACGACUACAAGCGGGGCCGAGCCGAUCGCGUUCUUUGCCCACUUCGCGCGAGAGCGGUGGCCCCGACGCAUGGGCAGCUCGUGCGCGCGCGCACGCUGGCCCAGGCGCUCUACGACAAGCGCGGUGGUCUCAAAAGCAGUGCGUCGUGGAGCUGGUCGAGCCACCUUGACGCCGACAUGGCGGCGUUAAAGGCGUUUUACCUCGAGUCUUUCUUCUUUGCGCCCCUGUGUACGCUCGAAGCGACCGUGGCGCGCCUCUGUGGUGUCGGCGACCUUUGGUACCGCGAGUUUUACCUCGAUUUGACCAAGUGCGUUCAAUUCCCGACCGAGCUCUCGAUGCCGUGGUACGUGUCCUCUGUCCACUCUACGUCGCUUGAUGGACGCAGGAUCCUGCUCGAGCACGACCUCGGCGAGCACGACGGUCGGCGCCUCGCGGCGCUCCUCGACGUGUACAACGACGCUGCGGACAUUGCCUUGCGGCAGCUGCGGCAGCAACACCUCUACGACGAGGUCGAGGCCGAGACCACGCUGAGCUUUGACCAGCUCGUGUUCUUACUCGGCGCGACGACGUACGCCCGUGCGCGGCGGGGUGGCGAGAGGCAGCCCACGUCCUUGGCCCUCGUAGCGACCGAGCGCCGGCUCUCGCUGCUCGGACGCACGUUGGAUGUGAAUGCACUCAUCGGCGACCACGUACAGGCGGCGCUCUUGCGCGAAAUGGAGUCGGCGGUCGCUCGCCUCGAAGGCGCCGACCUCACCCACCUCGUGGCGUUUGAAACGACCAUCGACGCGCUGCAGCAAACCCAUAUUCGGCUCUGCGCGGCGCUGCCUCUGGAUCCUUUUGACGCGCUACUCCACGAGGUGCUGGACACGCGCGUGCUGGCGUUCACGCGCAAGGAGCUCUUUGAAAACGUCCUGCCGCGCUACGGCUACGACGCCCUCGGAGCUGCGUUCCACGCCUCCGCCCACGGCAACAUCGGGCGCGCGCACCUCGCUAGCCUCGUGCGCUUCAUCGGCGUCGCGGACCUCUGUCGCAUCGCCCACGACGCCGUGCGCGAC